AUGGCAUCAAUUUGCGUUGAGGAUCACUAUCCCGCGUGCAGCAAUGACGUUGAGGAUGACGGAGUGGUUGAAUUCAAUAUCGACGACGAGCAAUUCGAGGUGGGCAUCGAUGCCACACAUUUCACCGCUGAUGACAUUACGAUGACAAUUAAAGGCCGAAUGUUGGAGUUGAUCUUCGAGACAAGGCUGAAAAUCGAUGCCGCUGGGGUGGUGGUCAGAAAGGAGGAAAGAAAAUAUGAGCUUCCCGAGUAUGUGGAUCCUCGAUCGAUCACUGGGAAAUUGGUGCACAGAACAUUCUACGUGAGAGGCGCUAUCAUCAAUUCAUUCGAUCAAGAA